AUGAAUGUGGUGAUCACGCGAACAGAAUUACACAGCAGCCAGUGCAUCCAAAUGAAAGAGUGCAGAAACUUCAACAGUUUAAAGUACUGUCACGCAACCUUGAGUGAAUACGUUACGAAUUUAAAGGUCUCGACCAUUAAGACUAGUUUCUCGAUGAUGGCGCACCAUAGUGAUAUAGACGAAGUCGUGUUUACCCUACAGUCUUGCCUAAAUCAACUCGUCGCCUUAUCUGACGAGGCAGAAAAGGUCAUUACUUUUCACAAAACACUUCUCCAAUGGGAACUGAAAGCUGACAAUUUACAAACUGCGUAUAGCUUUGCAAAAAGCAUAGUUUGGAAAACAAUAGAGCAUGAUUUUUACUUGUAUGUUUACAGCCAGUUAUCGACGUGGUUGAGAUCAACCUAUGAAAAUGCUAAAGGUCUUAAUAUCACGUCGCAGCUUCAAAACUUGUUAAGACGUCUGAAGUCGUUAAUGCACACAUGCGUUGGUCUGGAACUUCCUUCAACCAUACUUCGUUAUCGAACACUGCUGAACGAAUGUGAAGGCUGUGAAAAUGGACUGGAUUCCGUAAAUUUUGAUGAAACAACGAUUGAAACACAAAUUUUGCAACUGCUAGAACAGACAGCGAUGGAACGGGGAUAUGAUUUAAGACUUUACGACAGAUUACAUGAACUAUCAGGAACAGGAAGUCCCAACCAGAUGACAAGUGGUGCGGAUACCGCACCCUCAGCCCCACCUCCUACGUCCAAGACCUGUCUACCGGAUCCGCAACAUGGAAGCACCGUAGGCUUUCCCACCUUUCCCACCACCGAGCCACCGGCGACGGUUCCACUCAUCAAUGUCACCACAUCGUCAGCCCCUCCACCCACUAUGACAAGGCCAAGGGUCUCUGAUCGUCUUGCCGGUCCCAUCGGACCAAGUCUGUAUCAGCCUCUUCGAGGACCAACGGUGCCCAAGAGCCUGCCGACCGAAACCUCCAAACCAUAUUCCAACCUACACCAGACGGAUGGUCAAUCUCUGAAAACCUCAACACCGAAAUUUAAGGAGAAGACUCCAUUGUCGACCCCCAAAUCAUCAGUGCCUGCUGCAGUGCCCCCCGAACCCCACACUAGGCCUUCUUUCCGUACGAAUGUGGCCCACUUCCAACGACUCGAUCAGGGAGCCCGUGCGCCAACUCAAGUGAUACCUCCUCCGCAAACAGUAAUCGAAACAUCAGAGUCAAGUUUCACACAGACCUCCCAGGCUCAACCCCAAGCACACUUGGCAUCUCCUUACAUUGAUGUCGGCAAGCAUCGUUAUGAAGCUGCUCCUCCUCCAUCCAAAGAAGUGGAGGAACCAUCAACGAAUGAUUUGGAGACAGGAGUCACCAGAUCGCAUACGCCCUUGUCUCCAAAUGAUACGACGAGAUUCUUCAUAGAGGUGGAAGAAAGUAGACAAAAGGCCGACCAAUCCCAACGACCUCAGGAAGUGGACACAGAUUCUGAUGACCGCGCAAGAGCUGACUCCUUCGACGAAAACGUUUCUACAACCUUCACAGACUUGCGACUUGAUAACAACGAAAUUCCUGAGAGUUUGACGGAUGUUACUGGGGUUCAAAGAUCUGGUUCGGAACAAGGUAUCAGAGCCACCGAAGUACAACUACCAAAUGACAGUGAAAUUAGAGAACCAGUUAAAGUAGAGCGGGCAAACCUUGGUGCUGACGAAACGGAAAGUAUUCUACUCUGUCUCUUUUACACAUACACAACAUAA